CCCCCCGGCACGUGCGGGCACUGCGGCUCCUCGGCGGCGCCGUUCCCGCACCGCACGGCGCACGGGCAGCCCGGGGCGGCGCAGGCCCGGCGAGGCCCGUCCCGCCGGGGAGGGGCCGGCCCUGCCCCCGGUGCCCGUGCGCUGCCCCGGUGCGGCCCGGCGGCGCUGCGCUGCGCUCCGCGGCGGGAGCAGGCGGGGAGCGAGCGGGCGUUGCUGCCCACCGCCCCGCACCGCACCGCAGCCAUGGCACCCCGGAUAAGAUUGAGCCUUUCAAAGCCUCUCCCAACUAUACGCGAAACCCACGAGGAAGCGAUGGAAGAUUCAACCAGCAACGCGAAGCGCACAAGCACUGCGGCCAGCCCAGACUCGUACUCCAGCGAUGACUACAUUCAAUCCAUCUGCCACCUUGCCAGGCCCACCUUCGCAGGCCUUCCUGAGAGCAGCCGUAAGGUUCAGGACAGAAAGACCCUGAAGAACCUUGAAGAUGUGUGGUGGUCUCCAUCCCGUGGGGGGAUGCAGCAGGAGACAUCAAAAUGUAAAUUGACCGAUUUAAUUUCAAACGUGGUGCCGCUGGGAAAAGCCAUGCCUGCAGAAGGUGACUUCUGGCCCAGAGAGGACCCCCUGGCACAGAUCUACACCUGUGCGGGGAAGCUCUGCUCCUCCAAGGCUUUAUUGAAUGGUAAAAGCUCCAGCACUGCUUACUCACGGUGCAACUCUUCUUCCCCAAACAGUGAGCUUCAUCCCCCAACCAUGAAAGAAAAAGCCACAGAGAAACCCAAUUUUCCACGGGUGUUCAGUUUUCCGAGUCUUCCCUCCCCAAGAUCAGUGCAGAAAGAAGCAGUCUGCUCAGAGCUGAGGUACCUCAGAAGAGAAGAGGGAACAGUUUUAGGGAAUAACCACAGACAGAAAGAAAACGGCCCCGUGUUCGAUAAUGGUGGUGAGCUAUCGGCAUUUUCAGCCAGAGGGAAGCUGGUAGGAAACCCAGCCUUGCGCUGCUCUGUGAGAAGGCAGUCUUCUUUGUUCAACACAGCAGGCACCGAUGAAAAAGAAGGGAGAGAAACUUCUCACUGUGACAAAAAUGUAAUGGGUGAUGUCCCCGCUAAGCAGAGAUACUCGGAGUGUUUCCAGGUACCUAAAAAAGCCAUGCUCCAUAGCUGGAUUUCAGAGCACAGAUGCAUUUGGAAAGAAGCAAAGGUAAAAGCUUGCUUGCUCCCAGCCAUUGCUGAAGUGUAAAGAAGUGACCGGUCAGAAUAAUUUCAUUCACAAUAUACAACCACCCUGUGCUCUAGAAGCUCUCCCUGGAGUCCUUACACAGAAAACGGCUUGAAUGUGCAUGUAAGUCAGGCAGACUUUUGUUACCCAUCAUAUCCCAUCAGUGGGCAAAGGGACAACUCCAAGCCACAUCCACUAAAGAAACAGCCGUUAGUUCUCAUUUUGGAAAGACAAGAGUUCAUCAAGCAUCUCCCCCAGCCUCUUACUCAGAACUGCCCUGAGCAUGGAGAAAAGCUAGAGAGGGUACAAACCCCAUCUGGAGAAGCUCUGGAGAAGAAGUGGUCUGCUGGAACAUCAAACUGCUGCUGUUUCCCAGCAAAUGCCAAACAGCCAGGUGUUCCUUGCACUUGGGGACAGUUAUUCUGAAAGCAACGUUUUGGCCACUGCUGGACAGCCCUGACUGCGCUCUCUGACACACACGGGUACCAGCAGACCCGUGAGAGAUCCCUGCGCCGACACCAGAAUACCCCUGGCUAGGUCACCUCUUAGUGCAGUAGCAUAGAGAAAUAUUUUUUU